GCCGAUUUCUCGAUUUCUCGAUUUCAAUUUACACGUCCAAACGCGUCUUCAUCUCACUUACUGCAUAACUUUCUAUCUGCUCUUUCCGUCGAUCCCGUAACCAUGAGAUUUCAACUCUUGAAUGCCAAUUGAGGCCUUCAAUCCCUACUCCUUCCCACAAUUCUUUUAUUGUACAAUAGGAUCGAUAAUGUCGAAUCCGUCGCAAACUCGCGACGGCGAUUGCGUCGUUGAUCCUCAACCACUAGUCGCCGAACUCACUAAGGUCUUGCCUAAGGAUCGCAAAUUCACAGCAUAUCAUCUCUCAACGCCCCCCGUUGCUACUGAGCCACUAUGUCAUCCUCCCGCACAUAAACCAACAUCUGAUUCGAAGACAUUUGUUGAUACUGGAAUAAAGUCGAAGAACAGACGCGCAAGAAACCCACUGAAAACAUAUUGCGAAAAACACUUCUUAGCUAUUUCAAUUGGCGCUGGAAAAGAUGAUGAGCCUUCGGAUAAACAAGUUUUAGUCUUAGGACUAGAGAUCUACAUCUACUCGACAUCAUUCUCUACCACAAUUUUUGUGGCCAAGGCAGAUUCGACUGGAUACUUGAACUUUUUAAACCUUCCCAAAGGGACCCCUUCUCCCAUCCGAGAAAUCACAUCGUGCUUCCUUGCCUUUCUGGUUGCCAAGCGAAGACGCCCGACAAAGCAAUUGGUUGUCAACCUCUUCGCCAGAUCCCAGUCGCAGUACCUCUUUCCUGGUAGCAUUAAAAACGAUGGCAAGCAUGUACUUGAUGAUCGAGGACUGGUAAAGUGGUGGUGCCGAGUCUUCAACUCACUACUUGAAGGCGAUGAACAUUCGGAUGCUAGGAAGCUGUGGGAUGGCAUACAUGGAUAUUUGACUAUACCCGGACUGGAUAACUACGAGUCUCGCGCUUUUCUCCCGCGAACGAGCACGGCAGCAACCAAUUGGACGCUGGGACACCCCCUCGAGAAGAUAUCCCCAUAUACGAACAAUCCGAACACAUUCGGUCGCAACAUUUAUCCUAGAUCUCUGAUACCGACAUACCCCGAUGAUCCAAAAGCACGUUUCGUACAGGAGCUGGAAGAGUCGACGCCAGACAAGGCUAAACUCAUCAGUGGCUGGAGAACACCGAAAACACUCGAUCAAUUCUGGGAGAUGAUGGCAUUCCGGCAAGAGUGUUCCAGCGGAAGGAUGACUGGGUUCAUGUGGAUCGUCUUCGAACCCCAGUCUCUAAAGAGACCAGACUCGCCGAAGGCCAGCUCCGAUACUGGUAUCCCCAUCACGAACACCUCCUUCCUCGCAUCUACGGACAGCGCCGCGCCCCCUACUACUCCACAACAUGGUCAACAGGAUGCCACCGGUAUAAACUCACCCGUUUCUCCAUCAGAGCAACCCAGACGGAAAAGGACAAAAGCUCGGUGGAAGCGCAAGGCAAAAAAGCGGUUGACGGGUCCCAUUAUCCCUCGCGAGCCCCGCGUCAAGACGCAUGCGAAAGAUUUCCCGAAGCUUACGGAGACCGCUCAUUACUUCUGGCCAGAAGAUGGAAGGGGUCAAGUUGUGCUCAGCGACAACGAAUACAAGCGAGCUAUCGAAUUACUACUUCACCUCGAAUUUGGAACUCUGGAGCAGGCAAUCGCAAGUACGGCGCGAUGGGCAAAGGAAGUGAAUAUGGGCAAGCCUUGGACUUUGGGUAUUGUUGGCGAGAGAGUAUCUGCGACCCCCGCAACAUCAUCCAGUACUAGUGAAGUUAACAACCUUUCCGGCAUGAUAAAACGGAAACGUGGAUCGGAUGGCGCAUCCGUAGCUACAUCGUCGGUCAACACGCUUGGUGGAGGCCUCGUUCGUAAGAAGGCGAAACUUGACGAAAAUGUAGCUGAGACACCAGCCGCAGAUACAGACCAAAAUCAGCCUGCGGUGGAGUCACAACCUCAGGUCAACGUCCUCGGAGCUGGCUUGAUUCGGAGGAAGUCAAGGGCAGCUUGAGGUGUACUAAUUAGGAUUAUUCUAUGCUUUAUGGAUUUGGGUUGGCCGGAAGGGCUUAAAGCCUGGCGUUAGUAAGCGUUGAGCAAUGGUUGGGAAUAUGGGACUUAUGAGCUUAGUGUGCUCUGGUACUGAAAACUUACUGGGGCUUUUUUUCCCUUAUGAAAUUCCAUAUCAAUUUAAAUCAUCGGGAGGCACCCGGUAUUGAAACUUUUGUAAAAUUUUUGUAUUCUUAAUCAAGCGAAAUUUCGCCGCGACGGUAAGGAAAUCUUACCAAAUUUCAACUCUUAACGAGUCGUCAUUAGCACUUAUUAUUCGAGAGAAACGGAAGUCAAAUUUUGCUGCAUAGUUUGAAUUUAUCUCAACCUCAACCUUCAAGUAGACGCGCAAGCCAACCCCUUUCUCCGACUAGGGGUUUUUAAAAGAGCCAUACUUCAUCGAAGCCACCA